GGCGGCGGCGGCGGUCGGGAGGAGUCGCUGGGGCAGGAGCCGCACUUGUUAGUGUUGGGGGAGGAGGGGCCGGGGACGCGGACACCGUCAGCCGGCGACGCCGCGAAGAGGGCGGGAGGGGGGUGGGGGCGAAGCCAGGCUCCGACCCCCGGCCGAGGGGAUGAGGGGAGCAUGGGCGCCAAGGAGUCACGGAUCGGAUUCCUCAGCUACGAGGAGGCGCUGAGGAGAGUUACAGAUGUAGAGCUGAAACGACUCAAAGAUGCCUUCAAGAGGACCUGUGGCCUCUCAUAUUACAUGAGUCAGCACUGCUUCAUCAGGGAAGUGCUUGGGGACGGAGUGCCUCCUAAAGUUGCUGAGGUGAUUUACUGUUCUUUUGGUGGAACAUCCAAAGGGCUACACUUCAAUAACUUAAUAGUUGGACUCGUUCUCCUUACAAGAGGCAAAGAUGAAGAGAAAGCAAAAUAUAUUUUUAGUCUUUUUUCAAGUGAAUCUGGGAGCUAUGUUGUACGGGAAGAAAUGGAAAGAAUGCUCCAUGUGGUGGAUGGUAAAGUCCCAGAUACACUCAGGAAGUGUUUCUCAGAGGGCGAGAAGGUGAACUAUGAAAAAUUUAGAAAUUGGCUUCUUCUAAACAAAGAUGCUUUUACCUUCUCUCGAUGGCUGCUGUCUGGGGGUGUUUAUGUGACCCUUACUGAUGACAGUGACACUCCUACUUUCUACCAAACUCUGGCUGGAGUCACACAUUUGGAGGAAUCAGACAUCAUUGAUCUGGAGAAACGCUAUUGGCUACUGAAGGCUCAAUCCCGUACUGGACGUUUUGACUUAGAGACCUUUGGGCCAUUGGUUUCACCACCCAUUCGCCCUUCUCUGAGUGAAGGCUUAUUUAAUGCUUUUGAUGAAAAUCGUGACAAUCAUAUAGAUUUCAAAGAGAUAUCCUGUGGGUUAUCAGCCUGCUGCAGGGGCCCCCUGGCCGAAAGACAAAAAUUUUGCUUUAAGGUGUUUGAUGUUGACCGUGAUGGAGUUCUCUCCAGGGUUGAACUGAAAGACAUGGUGGUUGCACUUUUGGAGGUCUGGAAAGAUAAUCGCACUGAUGAUAUUCCUGAAUUACAUACGGAUCUGUCAGACAUUGUAGAAGGCAUAUUGAAUGCACAUGAUACCACAAAGAUGGGCCAUCUUACUCUGGAAGACUAUCAGAUCUGGAGUGUGAAAAAUGUUCUUGCCAAUGAAUUUUUGAAUCUCCUCUUCCAGGUCUGUCACAUAGUUCUGGGGUUAAGACCAGCCACUCCAGAAGAAGAAGGACAAAUUAUUAGAGGAUGGUUAGAACGAGAAAGCAGGUAUGGUCUGCAGCCAGGACACAAUUGGUUUAUCAUCUCCAUGCAGUGGUGGCAACAGUGGAAAGAAUAUGUCAAAUACGAUGCCAACCCUGUUGUUCUUGAGCCAUCAUCCGUUCUAAAUGGAGGGAAAUUUUCAUUUGGAACAGCUGCACAUCCUAUGGAGCAGGGGGAAGAUAGAAUCAGUAACAACCUCAGUUAUGUGAAUUCCACAGAAGAGAAAUACUCAGACAACAUUUCUUCUGCAUCUGAAGCCUCCGAGUCUACUGGCAGUGGCUUUCUGUAUAGUGCCACACCAGGGGCAGAUAUAUGCUUUGCAAGGCAACAUAAUACUUCUGAUAAUAACAACCAGUGUUUACUAGGAGCCAAUGGGAAUAUCCUUUUGCACCUUAAUCCUCAGAAGCCAGGAGCUAUUGAUAACCAGCCAUUAGUAACACAAGAACCAGUAAAGGCUACAUCAUUAACACUAGAAGGAGGACGAUUAAAACGAACUCCACAGCUAAUCCAUGGAAGAGAUUAUGAAAUGGUCCCAGAACCUGUGUGGAGAGCACUUUAUCAUUGGUAUGGAGCAAACCUGGCCCUCCCUAGACCAGUAAUCAAGAAUAGCAAGACGGACAUCCCAGAACUAGAAUUAUUUCCUCGCUAUCUUCUCUUCCUUCGACAGCAGCCUGCCACACGGACACAGCAGUCUAACAUCUGGGUGAAUAUGGGAAAUGUACCCUCUCCAAAUGCGCCUCUAAAGCGGGUCUUAGCCUAUACAGGCUGUUUUAGUAGAAUGCAGACCAUCAAGGAAAUUCAUGAAUAUCUGUCUCAAAGGCUACGCAUCAAAGAGGAAGAUAUGCGACUGUGGCUAUACAAUAGUGAGAACUACCUGACUCUUCUAGAUGAUGAGGAUCAUAGGUUGGAAUAUUUGAAAAUCCAGGAUGAGCAGCACCUGGUUAUUGAAGUACGCAACAAAGAUAUGAGCUGGCCUGAAGAAAUGUCCUUUAUAGCAAACAGUAGCAAAAUAGAUAGACAUAAAGUUCCCACAGAAAAGGGAGCCACAGGUCUGAGUAACCUGGGAAAUACAUGCUUCAUGAACUCAAGCAUCCAGUGUGUUAGUAACACACAACCACUGACUCAGUAUUUUAUCUCAGGGAGACAUCUUUAUGAACUCAACAGGACAAAUCCCAUUGGUAUGAAAGGCCAUAUGGCUAAAUGCUAUGGUGAUUUGGUGCAGGAACUUUGGAGUGGAACCCAGAAGAAUGUUGCCCCAUUAAAGCUUCGGUGGACCAUAGCAAAAUAUGCUCCCAGGUUUAAUGGGUUCCAGCAACAAGACUCCCAAGAACUUCUAGCUUUCCUCUUGGAUGGUCUUCAUGAAGAUCUCAAUCGAGUACACGAGAAGCCAUAUGUGGAACUAAAAGACAGUGAUGGCCGACCCGACUGGGAAGUAGCUGCAGAGGCUUGGGACAACCAUUUAAGAAGAAAUCGAUCAAUUGUUGUGGACUUGUUCCAUGGUCAGCUAAGAUCCCAAGUGAAAUGCAAGACAUGUGGGCAUAUAAGUGUCCGAUUUGACCCUUUUAACUUUUUGUCUUUACCACUACCAAUGGACAGUUAUAUGCAUUUAGAAAUAACAGUUAUUAAAUUAGAUGGUACCACUCCCAUAAGAUAUGGGCUAAGACUGAAUAUGGAUGAAAAGUAUACAGGUUUGAAAAAGCAGCUGAGUGAUCUCUGUGGACUUAAAUCAGAACAAAUCCUUCUUGCAGAAGUGCAUAGUUCCAACAUAAAGAAUUUCCCUCAGGACAACCAAAAAGUUCGACUCUCAGUGAGUGGAUUUUUGUGUGCAUUUGAAAUUCCCAUUCCUGCAUCUCCAGUUUCAGCUUGUAGUCCAAUACAAACAGAUUGCUCCUCUUCUCCAUCUACAAAUGGACUGUUCACCUUGACUACCAAUGGGGACCUGCCUCGACCCUUAUUCAUCCCCAAUGGAAUGCCAAAUACAGUUGUACCGUGUGCAACUGAGAAGAAUGUGACAAAUGGAAUAGUGAAUGGUCAUAUGCCACCUUUUCCUGAUGACCCCUUUACAGGCUACAUCAUUGCAGUUCACCGAAAAAUGAUGAGGACAGAACUGUAUUUCCUGUCAUCUCAGAAGAACCGCCCCAGUCUCUUUGGAAUGCCACUGAUUGUUCCAUGUACUGUGCACACCCGGAAAAAAGAUCUCUAUGAUGCAGUCUGGAUCCAAGUAUCUCGGUUGGCUAGUCCACUCCCACCUCAAGAAGCUAGUAACCAUGCCCAGGAUUGUGAUGACAGCAUGGGCUAUCAAUAUCCAUUCACUCUCCGAGUUGUACAGAAAGAUGGAAACUCCUGUGCCUGGUGCCCGUGGUAUAGAUUUUGCAGAGGCUGUAAAAUUGACUGUGGAGAAGACAGAGCUUUCAUUGGAAAUGCCUGUAUUGCUGUAGACUGGGACCCUACAGCCCUUCACCUCCGCUAUCAGACAUCACAGGAAAGAGUUGUAGAGGAGCAUGAAAGUGUGGAGCAGAGUCGGCGAGCACAGGCUGAGCCCAUCAACCUGGACAGCUGUCUCCGUGCCUUCACCAGUGAGGAGGAGCUGGGAGAAAAUGAGAUGUACUAUUGCUCCAAGUGCAAAACUCACUGUUUGGCAACCAAGAAGCUAGACCUCUGGAGGCUCCCUCCAAUCCUGAUUAUUCACCUUAAACGAUUUCAGUUUGUAAAUGGACGGUGGAUAAAAUCACAGAAAAUUGUUAAAUUUCCUCGGGAAAGUUUUGACCCUAGUGCUUUUUUAGUACCAAGAGAUCCAGCUCUAUGCCAGCAUAAACUUCUCACACCCCAAGGGGAUGACACCUCUGAGCUAAGGAUUUCAGCAGGAGAUGUGAAGAAAGUAGAUGUCCAGACUUCAGCAGGGGAGGAGGAUGUGCUCCUGAGCAAGAGCCCCUCCUCACUCAGUGCAAAUAUCAUCAGUAGCCCAAAAGGUUCACCUUCUUCAUCAAGGAAAAGUGGAGCCAGCUGUCCCUCCAGCAAAAAUAGCAGCCCUACCAGCAGCCCAAGGACUUUGGGGAGGAGCAAAGGACGGCUCCGUCUGCCUCAAAUUGGCAGCAAAAACAAAUUGUCCAAUAGUAAGGAGAAUUUGGACGCCAGCAAAGAAAAUGGAGCUGGGCAUAUUUAUGACCUGGCUGACACCUUGAGCCGAGGACAUGUGUUGGGAGGCAGCCAGCCUGAGCUGGUCACUCCUCUGGAUCAUGAGAUCACUUUGGCCAAUGGAUUCCUUUAUGAGCAUGAGGCAAGUGGCAAUGGCUAUAGCAAUGGUCAGCUUGGAAACCAUAGUGAAGAAGACAGCACUGAUGACCAAAGAGAAGAUUCUCAUAGUAAACCUAUUUAUAAUCUAUAUGCAAUUUCGUGCCAUUCAGGAAUUCUGGGUGGGGGCCAUUAUGUUACUUAUGCCAAAAACCCAAACUGCAAGUGGUACUGUUACAAUGACAGCAGCUGUAAGGAGCUUCACCCUGAUGAAAUAGACACCGACUCUGCCUACAUUCUUUUCUAUGAGCAACAGGGGAUAGACUGUGCACAAUUUCUGCCAAAGAUAGAUGGCAAAAAGAUGGCAGACACAAGCAGCAUGGAUGAAGACUUUGAAUCUGAUUACAAGAAGUACUGUGUAUUACAGUAGCCACCACUCCGGCUGCUAGGUGUGCUGGUGGUUAAGGGAGGGGACUCCCUGUGGCUGGCGUCUGGCAGAAUCAUCACUGAAAAGCAGGCUAAGUGUAGUUGUUUUAUCCUGUGACCUGAAGCACAAAUAAAAGUUCUGAUUAAAAUAGCAGUGAACUUUAAGAAUAGUAAUAAUUUUGUUUGGAAGGCUCUCGCAAGCUGUCUGGUAGAGAACUUUCAGGCAGAUCCCAGCAUUAGCCUGUAAACAAGAGGGUUUGGCACCAAUCUCUUGGGACCAAUUAAGAAUUUAAUUGUGCUUGUCCAGAUAAUGAACAAACUUGUAGUGAGUAUAGAGUUUACCAAUAAUCAUAACAGGAUACUAAGGAUUUCCUUGGAAUCAAAGUUCAAAAAAAAAUUGUCAUGUUGUCUGGGGACAGAUGACAUGAUAUGCUACCUCCUUUUUCCUGAAGUUUCAUUCCGUUGUAUUGACAAAUGGAGAAAAGCAAGAUCAUGCAGGGGUGCGGAUGAUUCUUACAGUACGGACAAUUUUUUGAACCAUUUUCCUGAUCUUCCUGUCUUUUUUGCUUCUUGUUCUUGUUGAGUUUGUGUUUGGAACUGAUGGGUGGCAGAAGCGUGUGGCAGUUGGUCUCUCAGACUGUGUGCACUCUGCCCAGUCCAGUGAAGUCCAGCGUCCACGGCCUCCUGUAGAGAUGCACUGCCAGGAGUGCGCCACUCCAGGGUUUGCACCGUGGUCCCCGUGCCAGUGCUGUACCAAGAGCUUCCAGGAAGGUAGGCAGCUGCCAAGCCAGGCGUGCUUCCUCUCAGUAGUGGGUUUCUCUUUGUUUCUCGCUUUGCACUUUAAAAGAAAGAACACAUGCAGACAGUUGUGCUUAUACUUUAAUGGCUCUAAGGGCUAUCAACUAACUCCGUGAGAGUGUAAAAUUUAAAAACAACAUCCAGCGUCGAUAGUUAAUAAGCAUUGUUAAAGAAACUGCUGGGUUUAGGAAGCAAAUUCUAGUUUGCGUGUCUGUUCCUUACCAGCUUUUUUUUUUUUUUUUUUUUUUUUGCACUAGUCAUCAAAAAUUAUAUCUCUCCACUCACUUUUUUUCUAAUUAUUCAAAACUGGAAAAAAGUAUAAAUGUUAUUUAUUUCUGGCAGAAUUUUUCCCUGUCUUGUGUUUUAAUAUAUAGUCAAAGGAAAACUUCAUCUUAUUUUUGGUCCUUUAAAAAAUUCAUCAAGACUCUGGAAGUUGAUUUUCAUCUGCUGUCAGCUCUCCUCACCCUGCCUCCCCGAUGGAUAGUAAAUACCAACACAGUUAGUGCUCGUGUUCAGUGGCAGAGGCCAGUGACAGCCUGCGUCUCAGCACAGUUGGAAAAGUCUUCAACAACUGCCUGGGUUGGUAGCCUUUCCAGAAGAGCGGGUGCACUUAAAAGGAAGGAGUGGCCUAAAGGAGUGAUGAAUGAAGUCACAUAAAAUGCAUACUUCAUAGACUCAAGGUUUUCAGUAUAUGAAAUUGUCCAUUCCUACCUGGACAAGUCCCAUGAAAAGUGGAAGAUUUUCAGUAAUUUCCUUACAGAUGUUUUAGUUGAGCGGGUAGCACAAUAUACUAAUGUUGUUUGAUCUGUGUUUGUUAUAUUGGUUGUAAUUAAUUUUUUAAAUUCAAGAACUAGCAGAAAAUUUAUUAAAUUAACUAUUAACUACAUUCACCUUGUAAAUUUCUGUAUAAAACUUGUUGACAAUGCACUGACCUUAGGAAGACGUUAAUGUACAUAGAGUGUAAAUAAGAUAGUGCUGAUGUACUGAAAUAUGAACUGUAUAAAAGUAUCGGUCAUUGUAUAUGGUGUGCACUGUUUAUCUGUAACUACCACCAAACAAGUUAAACACUGCAGCUGUCCACAUGUGGUUUUUCCUUGUACAAGUAAACACAAAAGUCUGUUUCUUCA